AGGAAAGGGACAGAGGAUGGAGAAGUGCAACCGGGGGAUGGAGUCCGUGGAAAUGAACAGCUCGUGGUUCUGGGCCUUAUGAGCCCCAGAAUGUUGACCAUUGCUGUUCUUGCCCUUCUUUGUGCAUCGGCCUCUGCCAAUGCCAUUCAGGCUAGGUCCUCCUCCUACAAUGGAGAGUAUGGAGGCGGUGGCGGACAACGAUUCUCUCAUUCUGGCAACCAGCUGGACGGCCCCAUCACUGCCAUCCGUGUCCGAGUCAACAGAUACUACAUCGUAGGUCUCCAGGUACGCUAUGGCAAGGUGUGGAGCGACUAUGUGGGUGGCACCCAGGGAGACCUGGAGGAGAUCUUUCUGCACCCUGGGGAAUCAGUGAUCCAGGUGUCUGGCAAGUACAAGUACUACUUGAGGAAGCUGGUCUUCGUGACUGACAAGGGCCGCUACCUGCCUUUUGGAAAAGACACAGGCACAAGUUUCAAUGCUGUCCCCUUGCACCCCAACACUGUGCUCCGAUUCAUCAGUGGCCGCUCUGGCUCCCUCAUUAAUGCCAUCGGCCUGCACUGGGACGUCUAUCCCAGUGACUGCAGCAGCUGCUGAGACCCAGCAAGAACAAUGCAGUGUGGGGGGUGAGAACCCCCUUGCCACUAACCCCACCCACAUGGCUCCAUUUGAAAAAUAAAAG